GGGAGGGAUCGAGAGAGGAGCGAGAGAGGAGAGAGAAACAUACUGCGAGCAAUUGAAGCAUAGCCAGUCUGCAGAAAGGAGAAGCUGUAAUUUAAGAGAGAAUAAAGGUACAUUUUCUGUUAGCUAUAGCUGGGUGAGAAAAAUAGAGCACAAAAUCGGAGUACAACAGAGAGGAAUAUAGAGAUUCAAAAUGGAUGUACAGUCGGAGAGUAUCGAACCCCCACCAUGCGACCCCCAGCCUCCUGGAAAAAUCAGAAAGGCCUUCAAGCUGUUUGGGAAGCGCAAGCCAAGCAGCAUGUUCUCCAUGCGCGGCAAAGGCGAGGGGAACAACAAGUCACCAAUCGCCAGGAGCAAGACAGUGGAAGGAUUAACGGAGUCCGCGGCAGCGGAGCAGGAGCUGGAGAAGGAGACAGAGAAGGAGCAGGAACCAGAGGUGAGUCAGAGAGAGGAGGAGGCCAUGGAGGAGCCCAUGGGUGAUGAUGGAGAUCCCUCCAUCCCUUCUACCGGACGUCCCUCCAUCUCCUCCAUGACCUCUGCCAAAUCCCUCAGCUUCCUGAUGAAGUUGCGGCGCAGCCGUCGAGGAGGACCAGACCGGAGGUUCCGUACAGAGUCCCAGCCAACGGUACGCCAGCGUCGGGGCCUGAAGGGUCUCUUCAACAGUAUACGGUGGAACCAGCGAGAGGAGGCCAGGGACGAGGCUGAGACCCCUCCGAGCCCCCUCCUCAUGUCGUCCCGUACAAACAGCGUGGAGAUCAUCAAGGAGGACAUGACUUUGACUCCCAGACCUGCGCCUCGCAGCACGGAUGUCCCGGAGGCUGAGCCUGGACAAGAGUCCCCUGUUUCAUCCAAGAGUCCCACAGUGCAGGAGAGCUCAGCCUCAAGCCCGUCAGAGACGAUGGCUCCCUCAGUGACUACAGACAGUAUCACUGAAUCUAAUGAGGAUGUACUGCCACCUCUGCCCACCACUGAACCACCACCCUUGGAUCCUGCUGUGGAUCGUCUGAGCUCGCUGCUUGCAGACAUCUCCUCUCUGAUAAGCUUUGACUCGUUGACAGGAUGUGGAGACAUCUCUGCUGAAGUGGAGGCGGAGUGGGGAAAAGCCUGCACUACUGUCGGGACCAGACCUGGGACCAAUGGAGCUGUGGCUGGAGAGAAAUCAUCAUCAUCUACUCUUUCAGCCAAACCUACCCCUAUUUCUAAACCUACCCCUAUUUCUAUACCUACCCCUAUUUCUAAACCUACCGCUAUUACUAAAGCUACCCCUUCCCCUACAUCAACCCCUGCUCCUACAGCUACUACUAAAUCUAGUCCAACCCCUAUCCCACCGCUUACUUCUAAAUUCAAACCUACCCCUUCCUCUUCCCCCACCACUAAACCUACCUCCACCUUUACCCCUACAACCAAACCUACCCCUUCCUCUUCCACCACCACUAAACCUACCUCCACCUUUACCCCUACAACCAAACCUACCCCUUCCUCUUCCCCCACCACUACACCUACCUCCACCUUUACCCCUACAACCAAACCUACCCCUUCCUCUUCCCUCACCACUAAACCUACCUCCACAUUUACCCCUACAACUAAACCUGAGCCUACCAGCUGGUCGAUCAAACCUGAACCUAUCCCUACUGCGACAACCAAAUUCUCAACUACCCCCACAACUAUAACUAGCCCUACCACUAAAUCAAGCCCUACCCCUUUAACAAAACCCUCCCCUCCACCAACAACAAAAUUCACCCCAAGCCCUGCCCCUGUAUCCAAACCUUCCCCAGUAGUUACCUCACCUCCUACCCAUGUAUCUAAACCUUCCAGAGAAGUUACCCCACCUCCUGCCCCUGUAUCCAAACCUUCCCCAGUAGUUACCCCACCUCCUGCCCCUGUAUCCAAACCUUCCCCAGUAGUUACCCCACCUCCUGCCCCUGUAUCCAAACCUUCCCCAGUAGUUACCCCACCUCCUGCCCCUGUAUCCAAACCGGCCCCAGUAGUUACCGCAUGCCCUCCUCCUGCCCCAGUAUCUAAACCAACCCCAGUAGUUAUCCCAUCUCCUGCCCCCUCCCCAGUGGCCAAACCAGCUCCUGUAACCAACCCUGCCACUCUUUCAUCAGCCACUUUCACCUCUGCCCCACCCCCCAAAAUUAUCUCAGUCCCAAGUCUGGAUUCCACUUCUGCACCUCCCUCCCUAACAUCCUUUUAUCCUACGGCUGUCCCGAGCUCAGCAUUUAAAAUGCCCUAUAUCCCGGUUCCAGUGCCAGCCUCAGUCACUAGCCCUGCUCCUGUCCAAACCCUGUCUCCAACUCUAGCUGACUCAAAGGCUCCCUCUGCCCCUACUCUAACACCAGGCCCUAUGUCUAAGGCUCCCCCUUUCCCUUUCCCUACCCCUGUCCCUACCCCAACUCCAGUCCCUAUGUCUAAGAAUCCUCCGUUUCCUACCCCUGUCCCUACCCCAACUCCAGUCCCUAUGUCUAAGACUCCUCCGUUUCCUACCCCUGUCCCUACCCCAACUGCAGUCCCUAUGUCUAAGACUCCUCCGUUUCCUACCCCUGUCCCUACCCCAACUCCAGUCCCUAUGUCUAAGACUCCCUCUACCACUGCCCCAUUCCCUUCUAUGCCCUCUCCUGUUCUCUUCCUCGCCCCUGUGCAGGGUACACACCUUGCCUCUGGUCAGGUGAAGGGUGGUGAGCGCAAGGCCUCUCUAGAUACAGGAGAGGACAUGAUGAGUCCAAAUGGUAUGGAUGUGCGGGGUGCCUGGAACAAUUCACCCAAGAGAGAAGAGAAAGGCCAUGCUUCACAGAAUGAGACACACAUGGUCCCCCAGGGCCCCCCCACAGAGAAGAAGACGCCCCCAGUGAAGGCAGCAGGGCUCAGUAAGAUCCCUGUCUGCGGUGGAGGCAGAGCGGGCAAGCUGCCACUCCGUGAGACCCAGUCCACUGACGACGAGGGGAGCUGGGACCCACCUACUCCAGGGCAGGAAGAGGAGAGUCCACGCCCCAGCAUACGGCACGGAGUCAGCAAGGACACAAUUAGUAACUCCACUGCUGAAGCUGAAGUUGAGGCCAGUCAUGUAAAACAUAGCCCGGAGGAGAGUCGUCAGCUCCGCCAACCUACAGUCUACAGCAGUAUACCGCGUGAUUCCAAGAUCCCUGUCAAGCUGGGAGUCCAGUCCAACAUCCCUGUCCCCCAAGGAGCUAAGGAGCCCCCGCGCUCCAAGAUACCUUUGUCCAAGGUUCCUGUCCGCAGGAUCGGCAAUAAACCCACAGCCACCACAGUUGCGAGCACUCAAAUCAGAAAAUAAAGCUAAGAGACUGCUUCAAACACAAACACCCAAAUGGCUGCUUUCAUCCAAAAUCACUCUUUUAAUAUGAUCACAUGGGCACCCUUUGCAUCCUUUUUUGUACUGUAUAUUUACAAGGACAGUCAAAUAUCUUCAUCAUUCUCUCAAAUGGCUCUCUAUCCCACAUUGUUUUCAUCUCUCUGCUUUAACACACCACUAUCAGCUCCAGAACAACACUAACAUCGAGGCUGAGGCUCAAGUACAACAACACACAAGCACAACAACACAUCUCCCCUGGGAACCAAAGUAAGGAAUGUGGCUCCCUUGUAUUGUGCCAACAUGACAGAUGCAGGUUCAGGGCUAAACCUGGAGUAGAAUGGUGAUUGAGGAGGACGGUCGUAACAAAGGUUAUUUUGGGAUGUAUUAUUAAAGAAUGCACGGUAUGGUAGCAUUCCAAGGUCAGAAACGACAGCAUAUGGAAGAGAGUGUCUUUCUAAGGGUGCUUUUUUCCUACAGACUAUCAGAGUGAAAAAUCAACUUUUUCUACAAUACUUUUUAUCUUUUGUUACUCCCCCUUUUUGUAGAACUGUCUAAAAACCCUGUCUUAUUUUCCUGCAAUUCCUUUUGAUAAGUGAUACCGUAGUCCUUUUUUUCCUCAGUCAUGCCAAGAGAGGGUCCACACACUGAAGAAAUGCAACAACCAAACCAACAUCCUAUAACAUCUCUGGAUGUAUGUAGCAGAAUGCAUGCCAACAUGAGCCAGAGGACUCCUUUCCUCUACUUUCUUCCAUUUAUUUUUGACACUGUAUGGAAUCAUACAGCGCCUGCCUGCCUGCCUGCUCAUAAGUAACACCGUCAAUCACACUGUGAACUUUGGAAAAGGCUUUUGCUCUGGAUGGAGUUCAUUAUGGAUAGGACGGCCCCUAUGGAAGGUUUGAACAGUGGGUAAUCCUGUAUAACAGACCCUGUAAAGUUUGAGUUCGAGCGGAUCCUGAGUGCUUCAGCUUUCAGAGGGGUGCAUCCCUUUGCUAAUCCCAUUUAUACAUAGUCAUGCUCAGAUGAGGACAAUAUUUGUGUGUAUACAUGAUCUAUGCUGUUCUGUUUCUUAUUUAAUCAAUAAAAUAAUGUGAGUGCACUGUAUGUGUCACCUUAAAACAACCCUAUAGCUCUCUUUGUGUGUGAUGUUACACAGCCACUUUGCAUCUCCUGUUUUCAGAAAUGUGAGACUAUGAUUCAGUGUUUGUAUUACAACAGCACAGAGUCAGCUGAUGGACAUAAAUGUGUCAGCUUUAUCUUUAUAGAUGGCAUAAGGAUUUGUAUACACACUCCUCGACCCAUAGUGUCUAUCUCACAUUACAUACCAAUAGAUUUGCUAGCCCUAUCUUAAGCAGAGGUAAAUUAUUUGCUAGCCCUAUCUUAAGCAGAGGUAAAUUAUUUGCUAGCCCUAUCUUAAGCAGAGGUAAAUUACUUGCUAGCCCUAUCUUAAGCAGAGGUAAAUGGCCAGUUGUGUAACUUCAUUUCAUGUGCGGGUUCAUCUACUUGAUUGAUAUCUCUUUGGAUGUGUAGGAAGCAGGGAAGGAUAAGUCAAUGUGAGUCGUGAGGAUAGAUAGUGCGUGUACGUUCAUGCAUGUGUGUGAGAGACAGAGAAUAUGAGCAGUCAGGGUAGGGCUCAAUGGCAUGAUGACAAACUAUUCCACACGAAAACAGUCUCUACUGCAGUGGCAUUACGUAAGGCCUGACACCAUUAGAACAGAGGAGGGGAGGGAAGAAGAGAGGACAGCAUGGGAAAGAGGCGUUUUCCUGUCUUCCGAUCCUUUAACUAACCCCCAGGCCGGUGCCUCAAAAUAUACUGUAGGCAUUGUGAUGGUGACCAUGAGCUGGGACUGGGAGGGUCCUCAGUAGAGCAACAUUCUACCAUGCUCCAAACCCACUGACCUGAACAGAAAACGCAUGAAUGUCAGCAGAGCCUGGCCAAUGAGCUGUGAGAGAACACACUGCAGGAGCAUACAGAAACUCACAGUAAUAUCAAGAAUAGGGUUUAUAGCCUACUAUAGGUAUCAUACAGUGUAUACACAUACAGUGAGGGAAAAAAGUAUUUGAUCCCUUGCUGAUUUUGUACG